UGCAGCAUAAGCACAAAGCAGCGCUGCUGACAGAGCGCCGCCUGCCGUUCAGUGCUGUGCUGCCAUUUUAGCUCAUUUAAGGCUAUAUUUAGUUUGGUUUUAAAUUUGUACUGACCUAGUUCUUAUUCUCGAAUCUAGUUUUUAUUGUGUCUGGUCUGGCAGCACUGACGUCGGAGCUUAGUCGAAGGCAGCUGUCAGUAUGCCAAAAGGAUAGCAACUAAAAAUUGUCGCAAGAAUUUGUUUGAGUUUAAGAAGAUUGCAAUUGGUCGCCGUUGAUCGCCUUGGAUUCUAGCCACCUUAAAUUUGAGGACCGUGCGGUGUUUCAGAAAUAUCGCAAUGAGCUCUUGGUACUUGGAGCACGUAUUAACUGGGAAGCGAGUGGACCUCCCAAAUGGGAAAGUCACAAUUGGCCGCAACUCGGCCUGCAGCAUUGUUUUAAAUUAUGACUAUAUGUCGAGGCGGCAUGUGGAGAUUACUGUUAGUCCGAAAAAAGUCUUGGUCAAAUGCUUGAAUGCUGCGAAUGGUGUAUUUGUGAAUGGCGCGGUCAUUAAGAAGAAACGGAAUGGCGUGCGUGUACGUGAAGGGGAUUUAAUCUGCCUGGGCUGUCCAGUUGCGGAGAAGGUUUCCAGCCCCGCCUUCAGCUUGAAAAAGGGGCCAGUCGAGACGGGGGAAAUUGUGACAUUAAGCGAUUCGGACGACGACUCAACUCCUCUGCCGGCUCUAAAGCCUGUUGCUGAAAUUCCCAAUGUGGCAAACGAUAAUGCUGCCUCAACUGUUGCUGACAAACAGACGGAUGAGGGGAGUCCAAACACAGCCUGUUCACAUCGGAACCUCCAUUUGCCAAUGUUGCCACAAGUUAAACCGGAGUGGGAAAAGAUAAAAGAUAUAGCAAACAUCUUUGGGGAGGCGGAUGAGUCCAUUAUAGGUAGUGUUCUGGAGAUAAACCCGUAUUUAUACAAUCAUUUGUUGAAAGAAAAGCAAGCAGUACCAAUCUCGAGGCUACAAGAUGGUCAAAUUAUUGAGCUGGAUGGGAAUGAGAACAAACCGGAUGAUCCGCCCUGUCCUCCUCCGUCGUUGGGGGACUACGAUAAGCACAUGGCCAUGUCCCAGGAGGUCCGUCAAGAGAAGGAGAAGACAAAUAAAAAUGGUUCGCCCUUGUCUUCGACUAAUGACGGUGACAUCAUUCUGAUCAUUGACAGCGAUGAUGAAGACCUCCACAGCAAAAAACUACCCGACAGCUCGUCCCCGACUUGUCAAUUUCAUAUGAAGCCACCAACGGCGCUCAGCAGUCUGGAUUGCAGCGAUCCCAAAUACUCCAAGCCACUCUGCAUUGAUUCCCGCUCAGAUGAGACGGACUGCACAUCGUCAUCGAAACGCUCAAGGUCUGUGCGCAGCGAUUUAAGCCGAUCACGUUGUCUAGCCCAUAAUGAAGAAAAAGGUAUCUCAAGCUUAUCCAAGAAAUCCAAAAUUGGUAAGCCCGGAGAAUUAAUAGGUAUAGAUAUUUCUAUAGAGAUCGAUUUGCUAGCUAAACAAAUCAAAGCCCCUUCAAUGGAGAAUGCUGAGCCAAUGGAAUAUUCUUCAAUGAGGAAAGCUGGCACUACCUCAGUAAAUAUUAGGUCGAAAGAGAAUGAGCCACCACCUAUGCCAAAAGAAUAUCCCUCGAAAAGAGAGAUCAAUACUCGACUUCGCAGCCGUGCCACUUCGUGCUACUACCCAAGACCCCAAGACAAUCCUAACUUGGCAACACGCAAUCUCAACGGCAUGGACAUGAGGCGGAUUAGGGGACCAGAAGUUAUUGGGGCUCCCUCGGUGCCCCAGUAUCGUGACAAACUGCGAGGCGUUUCGGCUGUGCCCAAAGAUGAUUAUAAUAACAAUGCCCCAUGCAAGGGGAAGCCCAAAGCGAAGGAUAUGUUAGAUGACGAAACGGUGUCGCUCGGAAAACUGACUGAGCAGAAGCCGGCCGAGAGCACUUCCGAGCAGUCGGGCAGUAGGAAAAGAAAAGCAACAACCACUGUGCCAAGAGUAAGGAAUGCCAAUCGCUUUCCUCACUGAGGGCAUCGAUAGACCCAACAUGGA